UACAACUCCUCGGAGGGCAUUGUAGUCGUGGUUGCGGCCGACGAUUAAUAUGGGCGCCCCAGAGGCGCCCGCCGGCAAGAAGGCCAUCAAGCCACCGGGCAAGAAGGUCGAUGCCCAAGCUCUUAAGUCUGAUGUUAGAGCUUUCGCUUCUCAGCUUGGCUUAGCGGUGGGUGGUGGAGGUGACGAUGCCUUCAGCGACUUUGCACCAAGCAAAGCCAAGCAGCUGAUCGCCCCUGGUAGCAAGCCCAACAAGCGCCAGAGGUUAAACGAUGAUGCAAAGCCGUCGCGGCCAUCUCUGAAGGCGGCUGCAUCGGCUACGCACAAGCAGCAGCCGCCAGCAACUAAGCAAGCCGGCGCAGGCCACAUAGCUAAGGAUGAAGGGCGGGGACCACGCAAUAACCUGAAUGCGAAGCGGCAAAAUGCUGGGCAAGCCGCCGGUAAACCUGAUCGAGUGGGACAUGGCGGCGGCUCUGAAGAAGACGGCGACGCUAAGAAGCGUGACUGGAACUUUGGAGUUGGACCAAGGCCAGGCGAGGCCAGGGGCUUUAAGUCCCUGCUAGGCAAGUCCGACUCCAACAUCUGGUACCAAAAUGCCGCCAAGCUCGCGACUGCUGCAGCUGCCUCUGCGUCUGCAUCCGCCGCGGGCACUGCCCCGGUGGAUCCGGAUCUGUUCGAGCGCCGCCGCGCCGCCGCCGAGGCCCUCAUGGAGGCUGAGGCAACGGCCUUUGAGAAGGAGCUUCACCGGCGCAACCCCAGCGAUGCCAAGUGGUUGUUGCAAGUCAAGCAGGCCGGUACCAGUACGGAUAAGCUGGCUGCGUCCACGCUGCUCGUGCAGGAGAAUGUGACGGCCAACAUGCGCGCCCUGGACCAGCUGGUAGCGCUGGCCACCAAACGAGGAGGCGGCAAGGAGCUCGUACGGCAGGCCAUGGAGGCGCUGCAGGAGCUCUUCACCUCUGUUCUCUUACCGGACCGCAAGCUCAAAUACCUCGAGCAACAGCCCCUGCCGCACCUCCUGCCCGGUCGCGACGGUGACAAGCAGCUGCUGCUCUGGUGGACCGAGGACUGCGUGAAGCGCCGCUACGCGCAAUUCGUGGCGGCCCUAGAGGAGCACAGCAAGGACAACCUGGACUUCCUCAAGGAGAAGGCCAUGCGGGUGGCGGGGGAGCUGCUCGCGGCCAAGCCCGAGUGCGAAGGCCAGUUACUGUCGGCGCUGGUGAACAAGCUGGGCGACCCCUCGCGCCAGGUCGCCUCCAAGGCGGUGUACCUGCUGAUGCAGCUGCUGGUGAAGCACCCCGUCAUGAAGCCGGUGGUCGUGCGGGAGGUCGAGCGCUUCCUGUUUCGCCCCAACCUCGCUGACAAGGCCCGCUACUACGCCGUGGUCUUCCUCAACCAAGUGCCCCUCAGCCACCGAGCCUCGGAGGGCGGCGACGCACUCGCCAAGCAGCUCAUCGACCUCUACUUCACGCUGUUCCGACUGGUGGUGGAGGGACACAUUGGCGCGGCGGCUCAGCUGCGCAAGCAGCAGGAAGAGAAGUACGCGGAGGAGAAGAAGAAGUUCUGGAAGGAGCAACGCAAGGCUGCUCAGGAGGGCGGCAAGGACAAGGGCAGGGGCUCCAACCAGCGCAAGGCCCGGCCGCCUCCGCCUCCCAAGCUCGCAGUGGCCGAGGAGGUCGACGCCCGGCUGCUGUCGGGCCUCAUCACGGGUGUGCGCCGCGCCUUCCCCUACGUGCAGCCGAGCGACGUGGAGCCGCUCGUGGAGCGUUCCGCCACGCAGCUCUUCCGCAUGGUGCACACGGCGCCCUUCACGGUGGCUGUGCAGGCGCUCAUGCUCAUGUACCAGCUCAUGUCGGCACGGGCGUCGAUCAAUGACCGGUACUAUCGCGCGCUAUACGCGGCUCUGGACCGAGACGGCCCCACAACCUCCUCUCGCGCGCCCAUGUUCCUGGCGCUCGUCUUCAAGGCCAUGCAAGGCGACGUCUCGGUCAAGCGCGUGGCGGCUUUUGCCAAGCGGUUGCUGCAGCUGGCAACGGGCGCGCAGCCCAACUGGGCGUGCGGUGCGCUCCUGCUGCUGUCGCAGGUGCUCGCUGCUCAGCCCGCUCUGUGGGCCUCCAUCACGCACCCGGAGGAUGUGGGCGGCUCGGGGGUCGAGGAGUUCAAGGAUCCGGCCGCUGAUGACGAGGAUGACGGCGUGGAGACUUUCCGAGACCAGGAUGGCUCUGAAGAUGAGGAGGACGGGAAGAAGAAGUCCAAGGCUGGCAAGGGUAAGAAGGCUGGAGGCGAAGAGGAGGAGGAGGAUGCGGAGUUGGAGAAGGGUGUGAAGCUCGACUUGGAUGGCGUCCGACGUGGCUCGCAUGCGCUCGCGUCGACCAGCGGGCGCGGCGGCGAGGGGUCGCUGGCGGCUAAGGCUGCUGCCGCAACUGCUGCCGCCCAGGCGGCCGCAGCGGAGGCGGCUUGGCCUCAGUCCAGUUACUACCAGAUGGAUAAGAGGGAGCCCCUGUACGCCAACGCCGACCGCUCGUGCUGGUGGGAGCUCACCGCGCUAGCCUCCCACGCGCACCCCUCGGUGGCUGCCAUGGCUCGCUCGCUGCUGUGCGGCGCCCCCGUCGUGUUUGACGGCGACCCGCUCCGAGACCUCAGCCUCGCUGCCUUCCUUGACAAAUUUGUCAACAAGAAGCCCAAGCCUGUCACCCGCGGCACCUCCGUCAUGCAACCCACCGCCGCCACGCUUGCCGGAGUGUCCACCACCGCCCAGUCCCAAGGCGUUAAGAAGGCCGCAGCAGCUCCGCAACACGCCAGUUUGGCCAAACUCAGCAGCGAUGCCUUUGCCGCGCUGGCGGAGGCCGAGGUGGACUCGGCGGACUUGUUCUUCCACAAGUUCCUCAACCUCAAGGGCGUUAAGGACAAGCGCUCCGCCCGCACCGACGCGAAGACCGCGAAGAAGGACCGCGAGGAGGAGGCGGCGGGCGCGAAGGAGGACAGCGAGGAGGCGCUCAGCGAUGCGGAUGAGGAGGAGGUGGACCGCUACAUGGACAAACAGGAGGGCAUGGUCGGUGAUGCGCUGGGCGACCCCGACGUGGGCUUUGACUACGACAACCUCGUUGACGCCAUGGGAGAGGGCGGGGGACUGGAGGAUGAUGAUGACGAGGAGGCGGAGGGCGGCUCUUCCGGCGGCGACGAUGAAGACAUGGAGGAUGGGGAGGCCGAGGAGGAGGACGCGGAGGAGGGCGACAGUGACAGCGACGCCGGCGGCAGUGAUGACGAUGGCAGUCUGGAGGGCGUCAACAUCCUCGACAUGCCGAGUCCCAGUGACGACGACGAGGCGGAAGGGGAGGAGGAGGGUGGGGCGGCAGGCCGGAAGAAGCGGCAGCGGGAGCUGUUGGCUUCUGCGGGCUUGACUGAGGCUGAUUUGGAGAACCUCUCGUCUGGCGAUGAUGAUGAUGAAGAGGAGGGUGUGGGCAUGGAGGACAGCGGCAGCGAGGAUGGGGACGAGGAUGAGGUGGAAGCCAGCAGUGAGGACGAGGAUGGGGACGACCUGAUGGAGUUGCUGGGCGGCGGCAGCGAUGACGAUGAGGACAUGGACGGGGACAUGGAGGAUGAAGAGGGCAGCGAUGAGCCACCGCAGCUGGUUCCGAUGGGAGGGAAGGCGGGCAAGGAGAGCGCGAAGGACAAGGGCAAGAAGGGCGGAGCGGCAGGUGCCAAGGCGAAGGGAGGCAGCUUGUUUGCUGACGCAGAUGAUUACGCGGCUCUGAUUGACCGGGCGGAACAGGAGGAGGCGGAGGAGCGGGCCAAGGGUGGGGAUGCUGCGAAGGCGGGAG